UUUCCUUUUAAGGAAGCGAAUAUUCAAAAUUUGCUGCAUUUCCCUAAAGAAACUCCCUUUCCCCUCCUUUAUUUGGUAACUUUUUUGAUAGUGUUUGUGUUUAUACGUGAAUCUGAGCUCCUUCGAGCUGAACCUCUUUUCUAAAUCCCCUCAAAUCUAGGGUUAGGGAUUGAUACAGAAAAAGGUUGCAUUAUUUGAAAAGGACCAUUACCCAUUGUUGUUCUGCUCAAACCCAUUCUCAUUGUCCUGAAAACAAGCGGGGGACAUUUUGGGGUUCUUGGGGGACAAUGAAGCGGCCAAAGCUUGAAACUUUCGCGCCGCCGAGUCGGCUCAGGUUGGUUCAACUUCUGAUUGGCGUGGUGUUUCUUUACAUGCUCUUCAUGAGCUUCGAGAUCCCCCUGGUGUUCCGGGCCGGAGCCGGUCCGGGUCCGGACGACGGGGCGUUCGAGUUUCUCGGCGAAUCGUUUCCGAGGGUCCUGGCGCUAGAGAGAGGAGAGGAACCGGCCGAUGAAGACCCGCCGGCGUACCAGACACCGGAACGGCGAAUGCGCGAGCUCAGUAAAGUUUCGGGCUUGGUCUUCAACGAGAGUCUGUUUGAUGGAAAUGCCGGUAAGGACGAGUUCUCGCAGCUUCACAAGGCGGCAAAGCACGCCUGGGUGGUGGGAAAGAAGCUCUGGGAAGAGCUAGAGUCCAGGAAGAUCGAACUGAAUCAGAAAACCAAGCCGGAGAACGUGUCCGAGCGGUGCCCGCAUUCGAUUUCGCUAUCCGGGUCGGAAUUCCGGGACCGGAGGAACCGGCUGCUGGUGAUCCCGUGCGGGCUGACGCUGGGGUCUCACAUUACGGUGGUGGGGACGCCCCGGUGGGCUCACUCGGAAUACGAUCCGAAGAUAUCGGUGUUGAGGGAAGGCGACGAGUCGGUGAUGGUGUCGCAGUUCAUGAUUGAGUUGCAGGGGCUGAAGACGGUGGAUGGGGAGGACCCACCUAAGAUUCUGCAUUUCAACCCUAGGUUGAAAGGGGAUUGGAGUGGGAAGCCCGUAAUCGAGCAGAACACGUGUUAUAGGAUGCAGUGGAGCUCAGCGAUGAGAUGCGAGGGGUGGAAGUCUAGGGCCGAUGAAGAAACUGUUGAUGGGCAGGUGAAAUGUGAGAAGUGGAUUCGGGAUGAUGACAAUCGCUCGGAAGAAUGGAAAUCAACAUGGUGGUUGAAGAGGCUGAUAGGGCGGACAAAGACGGUGUCUAUAGACUGGCCAUACCCUUUUGCAGAAGGAAAAUUAUUUGUUCUUACUGUGAGUGCUGGCUUGGAAGGUUACCAUAUCAAUGUAGAUGGGAGGCAUGUUACUUCUUUUCCUUAUCGCACUGGAUUUGUUCUUGAGGAUGCCACUGGACUUUCCGUCAAUGGGGAUAUUGAUGUGGAAUCUGUAUUUGGUGCUUCCUUACCCACAUCACACCCAAGUUUCAGACCUCAGAUGUACCUUGAGAUGGUUACUAAAUGGAAAGCGCCGCCUCUUCCAUACGGGCACGUGGAGCUUUUCAUUGGCAUCCUCUCUGCUGGCAAUCAUUUUGCUGAGCGAAUGGCUGUUAGAAAGUCCUGGAUGCAGCAUAAGUUAAUUAAAUCCUCACAUGUUGUGGCGCGGUUUUUUGUAGCCCUGCAUGGAAGAAAUGAAGUAAAUCUGGAGCUAAAGAAAGAAGCAGAGUAUUUUGGUGAUAUAGUUAUAGUUCCUUACUUGGAUAAUUAUGAUCUUGUUGUGGUGAAGACUGUAGCAAUCUGCGAAUAUGGGGUUCGCACAGUUGCUGCCAAGUAUAUCAUGAAGUGUGAUGAUGACACAUUUGUUAGGGUGGAUGCUGUGAUCAAGGAGGCAAGAAAAGUUGACGAAGACAGAAGCCUUUAUAUUGGAAAUAUUAACUAUCACCACAAGCCCCUUCGUCAUGGAAAAUGGGCAGUGACAUAUGAGGAAUGGCCAGAGGAAGAUUAUCCGCCCUAUGCAAAUGGUCCGGGUUACAUAGUAUCAUCUGACAUAGCACAGUUUAUCAUAUCCGAGUUUGAAAAGCACAAAUUAAGAUUGUUCAAGAUGGAAGAUGUGAGUAUGGGAAUGUGGGUGGAGCAGUUCAACAGUUCAAGAACAGUACAGUAUCGGCACAACUUGAAGUUCUGCCAGUUUGGGUGCAUCGAAGAUUAUUACACUGCACAUUACCAAUCUCCAAGACAAAUGAUAUGCAUGUGGAGCAAAUUGCAAUAUCAAGGAAAACCCCAGUGCUGCAACAUGAGAUGACAUCAAUGAAACAAUUUGAAAGAUACUUUUAGCCAUACAAAUUUUGCAGUUAUAGUAUACCCCUGUAAAUACUCAAGUCAGGGCUAGGCUAGAUAUAAAUUAUAAUGGGGAUAUUCAUUCUAAAUUCAUUAGCUAUUUCAUCUUUGUUCCCCAUUUUCAUCCUUUUGAUUACUGGACAAUUCCAGAGGAGUGAGGUUGCUAUUUAUACUCAGAAACAUGUAUAAAACCAGAGAAGCACAAUGAAAUGAAUAUUUCUGCUUUAAACUCUCA